GUUCUGUAUCAUCUUUUAGCCUACUUCCCAUAGAAGCAGAUCAAACAAACUCUUCUUUAUGACAUAACACCUGUAAAUAUACAGAAUGUUUCCCAAUAAGCCGGUGUGCGCCUAAAACCACAUUCACCAAUAUUAUAAAGCGAGCAUUGCCAAAGCAUGAUCCCCGUUCUGUCCAGCACCGAUCUUAUAAAGCUUCUUAAACAUGGCAUGUCUCCAGUUAUUCGGUUAGUUACUAUUAUUCUUCUUGCUUGUGCGAUACCUGUGAAUAUAAAUAUUUGACAGUUUUCACGAAGAGGGUUACGUGGUGAACAACAUUGGAAAAUGAAGAAGAAAAUCGUGAAAACUCUCAUCUACACCGCUCAACGAAGAUCAUAUGCCACCGAUAGAAAUUAUUCUACAGCAUUGGGGCUGGAGAUUUUUGAAGACGAGUUGGAAGUAAUGCCAAAAACGACCAAGACAGAAGAGAAGGAAUUCGUAAGGCCUUAUGAUGAAGUGCCAGGUCCGCGACAAUUACCUCUCAUUGGUAAUGCUUGGAGAUUUGCCCCCUUCAUAGGACAAUACAAAAUCCACGAACUGGACAAAGUGAUGUGGUCGCUUAGGAGAGAAUACGGCAAUAUAGUGAAAGUUGGUGGUCUAGUUGGUCAUCCCGAUCUUCUUUUCGUUUUCAACGGAGACGACAUAAGAAAAGUGUUCAAGCAAGAAGAAACCUUACCUCAUAGACCUUCGAUGCCAUCGUUGCAUUAUUACAAACAGAAACUUAGGAAGGACUUUUUCGAUGGCAAUGCAGGGGUGAUUGGAGUACACGGUGAAGAGUGGGAUGAAUUCAGAAAAAAAGUACAGAAAUUUUUGUUGCCACCUUCUGCUGCGAAAGUUUAUGUUGGCCCAUUGGAUGAUAUUGCGCGUGAUUUUCUCUCAAGAAUGGAAGAAUCUUUGGAUAAUAAUCUUGAACUUCCUCCACAUUUCUUAUCAGAAAUAUACAAAUGGGCCUUAGAAUCCGUAGUCCGAGUAUCACUAGAUACAAGACUGGGUUGCUUGGAGCCAAAUCUUCCCAAAGAUUCAGAACAACAAAAAAUAAUAGACUCUAUCAACACAUUCUUCUGGAAUGUGGCAGAAGUCGAGCUCAAAAUGCCUGUAUGGAGGAUAUUCCACAACAAUGCUUUCAAAAAAUAUAUUGGUGCUUUGGAAGACUUCCGAAUACUGUGCUCGAAAUAUAUUCAAAAAACUAUGGACAACAUGGCUCUCAAAGACUUCCGGAACAUGAAAGAAGAGAACAUAUCGAUUGUGGAAAAAAUUCUUCUACAUACAGGAAAUCCCAAAUUGGCAACGGUUCUCGCAAUAGAUUUGCUCUUAGUUGGAGUUGACACUACCUCCAUAGCUGUGGCUUCCACAAUUUAUCAACUCUCACAGAAUCCCGACAAACAGGAAAAAUUAUAUCAAGAACUGAAGACUGUUCUGCCAGAUGUAGACAGUAAUUUCACUGUUGAAACUCAAGAAAAAAUACCGUACCUGAAAGCCUGCAUCAAAGAAACUUUGAGAAUGUAUCCAGUUAUUAUUGGAAAUGGUAGAAGUCUCCAGUCAGACACCAAGAUCGGUGGAUAUCACAUUCCGAAAGGGACUCACGUCAUUUUUCCACAUUUAGUAGUUAGUAACUCCGAGGAAUACUUCUCGGAACCUGAACGUUUCGAGCCAGAGAGGUGGUUGAAAAAUAAAGAAGAAUCAACGAGAUGUCCCCACAAACCUGAUAAAAUACAUCCGUUCGUUACACUGCCCUUCGGCUAUGGAAGAAGGUCCUGUCUAGGAAGGAGAUUCGCUGAAACUGAGUUACAAAUUUUAUUGUCAAAGAUAUUCCGAAAGUAUAAAGUUUCUUACAACUACGGAGCAUUGACUUAUAAAAUCACGCCCACAUACGUACCAGAGCAGCCAUUGAAAUUCAAACUGACUGAACGUUCAUCUUAAUUUGGAUGGAUUAUUGUGCUUCGUUUAAAAUAUAAAAUAAACUAUGAAGGGGAUCUCUACCCACCAUAGUAUUAACAUAAUGAUUUUUGUUUGUUUGUUGUUUAUUAUAUAAGUAUUAGGUGUAAAUUUAAAAGUAGGUAAAUGUUCGAAUAAAUAUUGACUGAAUAUUUAAGAAUCAAUAAAGUUGUUGUUAGACCAA